AUGGCAGCUCUUUUGUCUCUUCCGAACGAAAUCCUACAUAGGAUCGCGUAUUAUGCCGACCGCGAGGAAUUGCUCCAAUUGCGGCUGGCCUGUCGGUCACUGAGCAAUGUUAGCAGGAAGUGGCUGUUCCGGUAUGCCCGCGUGGUGCCGACAGAGGAGAGCUGUGAGAAGUUCGAGACGAUCUUGAAUGAUCCGUUACUUGCAUCCUGCGUGACCAAGGUGUACCUAGAUACGGCUAAUUGGGACCAUGUGAGUUUUGGCCCGGAUAUUGAUAUCGAGGAGUACGAUGACGACAAAGGCGAAGAGCUAUUUCUACCACGAAGAUAUGGCAAACUGUUCAACCGGCUCAAGGAAUUCCCUAGACUCCAAGGGGCCGUGUUGCGUUUUGCCCACGAGUGCUAUGGACUAAUAUCACUCGACUCGCUCUGGUACGACUGUCAACAAGAGCCUCCCUUCCGUGAGAGUGUCCUGGGGUCGUUCAUGGAAUCCUUGUCUUCCCUGCCUCACCCUAUUCAAGAGCUUGGGAUUCGCGAUCUCCAGAAUAUCAACCAGACGGACGAAACAAUCGUAGGGAAUAUCAAGAAGGUGCUGAUAGGGCUUUCCACACUGCGACUGAAUAUUACGAACGAACAUAGCGAAGGAAAUGGAGAGAAUGAUCUGACGCAUGAUGAACCGCACCAGUUCUUCACAGACCUGCCUUCCUUCUGGUUACAGCCGACAUUAGCAAAGCUGCAAUAUCUGACCCUCUACUCGAGCAACUACUUCGGCUUCUACCCGAAAUUCGAUCCCACAGGGCUAUACUUCCCACAACUGAAAACCUUGGCUCUCGGCAACCAUGCGUUCGUCCACGACUCGCAACUCGACUGGAUCCUCUCGCACGGCGAAACACUCACCGAGCUGUACCUGGACGACUGCCCAAUCCUCUACGAAGUGGCAAUCUACGAGAAUGACAAAACAUACCUCGACGCAGCCUCCUUCGGGCCCAAAGCAGGUCUAGGGGAAAAGCAUUACGCAGCAUAUGACAAGCGCUGGCAUGACUAUUUCAACGCGUUCAAUGAUAAACUACCACUUCUGAGACAUUUCAGAGCUGGGCACUGUCCGCAUUGGUGGGAUGAAGAGACGACUCCUUUCGAACAGGAGCAACAUAUCAAGGUGAGCUUGCCGAAGGAUAGAUAUAUGAUGUUUUGCGAUGGGUUUGGACCGAGUCCGUACAUGGAGGAGAUGAUUUAUCGUAAUGGUGAAGGGUCGCGUCCUGAUUGCUAUGUGGAGGAUCAGAAGGCGUUGGAGGAGCUGUGUGCGAAAUUGGGACAGAGGGCAGAGUGUGAUCCAGAUGAAGAUAUAUAUGGGCAUUUGUAAAGUUAUGAAUCAUGAGAGCGCCAGGAGUUCAGUGAAAGGUGUGACAUAGUACUGUUGAAGGGGCGUAAUAAUUGGCGUUUGUGUGGGGACAGACGGUCUCUCCUAAUUUUGGACCACGGACACUACUAGUUCUCGAGCACUGAGGCGAAG